CCGUUACUAGGUUUUAACUGUGUCAUGAUAUGGGACGUAAACAACUCCAACAUGUACAUGCAACACAGAAUACAUCGUUUAAUAUCGGAAGUUUAAUAUUUAAAAAAGAAAACAAUGGAUAAAAGUGAAUGUAUAGCAAAUACUAUGUAUUGUCUAUCUAGAAAUUUCUGGGAGAAUUUGAAACCAGUAGCUGAAUGUUGUGCCAAUGAAGCGACAGACACUUUACAACAUCUGUCCAAAACUUGGUCAACGUCAACACCAAGUGAUGAAGCAAGAGCCAUAUACUUAGAACUUGAGACUGCCAUUAUGGCAGUGGAAAAGUACAGUUUAUUUAUUGCCGGAGUUCUAAUGUUAGUUGCAACACUGGUGCUUAUUUUAGGAACGUGUUACAUGACAUGUUUCCAUAACGACACGUUACAGUAUAGUGCUGUUCCACAAUUUGAUUUCUUGGACGAGGGCAUGCGUGAUCUUGAGAGUUUAAUACAAAGACUUUCGGAAAUCAAACAUCCUUUACAUAAAACUGUUCAACAUUUAGCAGCUGAAUUUGAAGAAUUUGACUUGUUUAAAUCAAAGGAACCUGAAUCCGAUCUUUAAAAGUAUAGCUUCAUUAUAAAAUAGAAAUAGUAAUUAACAUCGAAUACUAGCAGUGUCUUAACAAACAUUCACUUUUUGUUAAAGCAGUAUCUAAAGGACGAUAUAGUUUUAAUGAUAGUAUGUGCGACUAUGUUCUGUAUAAAACACUUUAUCGGGAAGGAAAACAAGUUGGCAUCCGAGGAUAUAUGAAUGUCUGUGUGAAUCAAUUGUUAAAACAAUUUUUAGUUCUGAGGUUUAAAAAUGGAAAUGGGUGGAUGAAUGAAAUGAUGGAUGGAUAUAUGAAAGCAGCUGCUAUAUGAAUAAAUUGAUUGACUAGGCGAAUUGGUGAAUGAAUGAAUGAAUAAAUAGAGUUGAAGAAGAAAUUGAAAUAUGAAUGAAAUAAAUGAAUUGAAUACUUUGAAGGGUGGAUGGAUGGGAAAAUGAAUGGAAUUAAUUGAAUGAUAGGUCGACGAACGAAUGGAUAGAUAAAUGGUGUUAUUUGAAUGUACGGACUUGCUGAAAGAAGGUGAUUUGUAUACGACUAAAAAAAUGAUGCAAGUUCAAAACGUUCUGUGUCUUUUAAAGAAAUACAAUCGUAUAGUCUAUGCAUGGAGAAACGCAUCAACAGGACCAAGAUGAUAAAUAAAUACGAAGCCCAAUUUAUAUUGCACUGAUUGGAUUAGCUAUAACCAUUAAAAAAAAUCUCAACGAUAUGUGUGUACCAAUAAAAUCCAGCAAAAGUGCGCUCAAGGUUUUAACUCAGGGUUGAACGUAUUAUCAUGCAAAAAAAUAUUUAUAUGUGAAUGAUUCCAAGAUUUAAUCAGUUGUUGAGUUGAUACCUUUUUGAACAUAUUUUGUUUGUUAUUAUUUAAUGUUAAGAGAUAACCACUUUAUAUAUUUAGAAUUGUUAUACCUACGUUAUUUCUUAUACUAUUUUAUAAUAAAAUGACGAUCAAUGCA